UUGUGGCUGGUCAGCUGGACGUGAACUUGGCCUGAGAGGCAGUGAGUGCGAACCUGUGCGCUGGGUAAUUUGCUGCUCCACAGCUCUGGCACGCGGCCCCGCGACGUUCAGGUACACGCGGUUGGACACAGUUGCUCUUAGUAAGGUAUACCAAGGCAGCCGAGCUGGAGUCCUCAAAGGAAAACUUCUUCUCUGUGUUCAAACGUAGAAUGUGGAUCACGGGGAAGGUCGACCAAACCUCCCAGAAAGACCAGCUCUUCACGGACCUUUACAAUGAGUGUCGAAACAUCGCCCCUGGGGCCAGGCUCUCCUGCAUGCUGCGGACCAAGCUGGAGAGGUUCCAGAGGGAAGAGAGGAGAGAGAUAGUGACCAGAACGAGGGACGGCUGUGCGCCCCUCUUUGUGGCGUGCAAGAGAGGGAAUGUGGAGGUCGUGGACUACCUCAUCACUACAUGCAAUGCAGAUGCAGAGCAACGCGGCCUUUAUGAAGUGCCAGACGACAGAUCUAUUCACAAUGUCACGCCCCUUUGGUGUGCGUCUGUUGCAGGACGGCUACCAGUGGUCAAAUGCUUAGUGCAACAUGGAGCUGAUGUGAACAGUGUCUCAGAUACGGGAUCCACACCAGUACGCAGUGCUUGUUUUAUGACUCACUUUGAUAUUGUAAACUAUCUUGUGGAAAAUGGAGCCAAUAUUUCAAAGCCAAAUUAUAAUGGGGGAACAUGUCUGAUCAAUUCUGUCCAGUGUGUGAAGCUGUGCGAAUACCUUCUUAAUCAUGGGGCAGAUGUCAAUGCACAGGACAUUCAGAACAAAACAGCCUUGCACUAUGCCAUUCAGGAACACAGAUUUGAGACCACAAAACUAUUGCUGGAACAUGGAGCCAAUCCUCACUUAACCAGCAGAUACCAUGAUGAUGCCCUACAGACAGCUUGCAUCAAGGGUGCCUGCCAAAUAUUUGAGUAUUUGAUAGAAGUGGUAUCUUAUCCACCAGACAGAAUUGCCGAUGGCUAUGAACUGCUGGGCACGACAUUUUUAGAUGAACAUCAUGACAUUCAAGCAGCACUUCAGUAUUGGCGAAAGGCAACUAAUAUUAGAUUUUUGUCGGGAGAAUCAAAGCAAAUUUUGCCUCCAAGACGUACUUAUCAGUUUGCUCAGGAAUUCAAAACUUCAGAAGAAUUGGAGGCCAUUGCAACAGAUCUUAAUGCCAUGAGAACUCAAAGCCUCUUGAUAUGUGAACGCAUCCUAGGUACGGCACACAAAGAUAUGAUAUUCAGACUUAUGUACCGAGGUGCAGCAUAUGCGGACUCCCUCCAAUACCAGAACUGUAUUGAUCUGUGGUUGUAUGCAUUAGAAUUAAGAAUUCAGAGAGAUACAAUACUCUUUAAUGAGACCUGCUUUACUGGGCAAGCUUUAGUGCGAUUGUACUUAGAUAUGAUUGACAAACAUGGUGCAGGAGUAAUGCAAAAUACAGUUAGUUUUGAAGAUGCCUUCCACACACUGGAAUUACUGGCAGCACAACUCCCUGAAUGUAUGGCACUGCUCAAGGUACAACCAGUUCAUAAAAAACAUCAGAGUAACUUUGAUCAUAUGUUAAAAGUCCUGACACACAUGAUUUUUGUUGUUCUUCACAUACCAAGAACAGAAGAAGAAAAACAGAAAGUAGCUACACUUGUUAAUAGCAUUAUCCGGUUAGAUCCAAGAACAUGUCAAGGUGGACAUUCCCUAUUGCACUUGGCGGCAAUGAAAACCAAUGUACUUAACACUCACUCUUUGCUGGAGGAUGAGCACAUGACACCAUUCCCUUCAGUUGAGGUUGUAUCGUUCCUGCUUGCUUGUGGCGCAAUGGUUAACGUGACAAAUGACAAAGGAUCAUCACCACUAUUCAUGGCAUCACAAGAUCUUCUUUUUAAAGAGGAG